AUGGCAGAAUGUGAGAAGGUAAGAAUAUUGGGAAAGGGUUCUUAUGCCGUUGUUUACCUUGUUGUUAUUAGUGCUCCCCAAAAAUGGAAUUCGAAGGUCGCAGCUAUGAAGAGUUCAACAUCUAACGCAUUUGGUUCAUUCGUACUGCAAAAAGAAAAAAAAAUAAUGGAGUUAUUCAUUGGUUGCAAAGAAAUCGUUCAAUGUUAUUUUGGCCAAUUCACAGUGCAAAAGGGUCAUCUCACCUACGAUCUUUUUAUGGAAUUUUCUCCUUAUGGUUCUCUUGGAGAUUUAAUAAGGAAGAAGCCACUUAUGGAAAAUGAAGUAAGAAUCUACACUUGCAUGCUUCUCAAAGGGCUUUCUUGCAUUCAUGAAAGAGGAGUUGUUCAUUGUGAUCUUAAACCGGAUAACAUUCUUCUCUUUCCUUCCUCCGAGGAUGGUGCAAGGUAUCAAUUAAAGAUUGCGGAUUUUGGAUUAUCCAAGACUCGACAAGAGACAAUUGAUGCUGAUUUUUGGAAGAUUAAGUUCAGAGGAACUCCCUUUUACAUGUCACCAGAAUCAGUUAUGGGACGAAUUGAAACAUCAUUAGAUAUAUGGUCUCUUGGGUGUAUAGUAAUUGAGAUGAUCACUGGGUUACGUGCUUGGAAGAACCUUCAAAGUAAAGAAGACAUAAUGUUCAAACUUGCAUUCCUAAAAGAAGCACCAAUGAUACCCAAUGGACUGAGUGAAGAUUGUAAAGAUUUCUUGAGCAAGUGUUUUGUGAAGGAUCCUGACCACAGGUGGACAGCUAGUAUGCUGCUUAACCAUCCUUUUCUUUAUCCUUCCUACAAUAUAUAUACAGGUUAUAGAAGAUUUUCUAUGUAUAGUUCAACUUUUUUCUCAUAUGAUAUUUGUGAUUAUGCAUCGCUAGAAGUUUAA